UGCGCAAACCCUAUGUACGUGGUGAAGACAAAGUGAGCAGGACGCGAAGCGGAGGAAGAAGUGGAAGGUGGAUUGGUGGAGAUGCACAGCUUAGGAUUCCCGAGUGUACCCGAGCAGUUUCUGGUUGGUUGGUAAGUGGGACUAGCGGGGACUCAUAGGCACGGAGCGUCCUACGCGAGGCCGCAGUCGGGCGCAAACCCCGAAACAAUCUCGCGAGUUUCCUUCAUCUUCAUCUAAGCAGUCUCUGCAGAAACUCACGAUAGCAGCCAAACAAAGCUCGUCUCGAAAUAACGAGGGACGCGAAGAGGGUUAAACGCACGGGUGCCAGAACUGUCAACGCUAGAACUGUCAUCGCGGUCUUGGGUGUCGGUUCGGGCCAGAAUAUCUCGCGUAUUCCGAUUGUUAUAGUGCAAGAACGAACUGCAGAACUUCUCGAGGGGAAACCGACCGAAAGACAGCGGGUGCUGGAUUGUAAAACCGAUUGGUCUACCGGCUUCUCAGCGAGUGGAGAACUUCCUUCUUUCCUAUCAGGGAUAGCGGUCGAGGUCGCUACCGAGGUCGCAGUCGAGGCGAAGCGAGGACGAAAGUCAAGGUCGAGGGUCAGUCAGUCUACUUACGCGCAGCACAAGGUUCCGAGCGGAAACCUCGUUUGCUCUUGCGAUAAGAGGAGCGACUCUCCGAAGGAAAGCGAAAAUAGCGGAAGCGAUUUAUUCCUAACAUCGAGUCGAGAAGAUGCGGGCCAUCCAAUGUUGCGUUUUCCUCGCGCUGCUGAUGACAGCGUCAGCCGUGCCAGCCUCGUCGAAGGGUGGUCGACCCGACGACCCGGUCAAGGGAAAAAAGACCACGUCGAUCGCAUCCGUGAAAAAUACCACCGCCACGACGGUGGCCUUGAGACCGAUCGUAGUCAACGCGACGCUUCCUUACACCAUAAGGAACACGACGUCGCACUCGUCGUCGCUCUCGUCGUCGCACUCGUCGUCGCCCUCGUCGAUCGCGACGACGGCGGCUAUCACAUCCGCCACGACGAUGCUCAAGCUGCCGGCGAUCUCGCCGACGACGUCGAUCGCGACGUCGACGACGACGACCUCCUCGUCGAUAUCGUCGACGGCGAGCCUCCUCGCCGUCUCCGGAUCCCUCGAUCCGCAGAACGCAGCCUCGAGUCCCGCCUUCACCGAGACUUCGCCGCGAAUAAUCUCGCCCACGCCUCAGCACACCGCGGCCACGGUGUUGUCGUUGAGAAAAUCAGCAGUCUCCGUCGUGGCCGAUGUCACGACCACCGUGCCUCUAACGUCGGCCAAGGAGACGCGAGAGUCGCCCGGCAAGAUUAGACCGCAAAUCAAGCUGACGACAAAUUACACCAGCGAGACGGGGGUACGACUGCCGGAGGGGGCCAGCGCGGCGCUCGCGAAACCGACCAAAUAUCACUAUUACCCGCACAAUCAGCACAUCUAUUUGUUGCCGGAGUGCGCCGUCCAACAAGUGUGCAAUGCCGUUUACGUCAGAUUAAACUUCACGCAACCGCUGUGCGCCUGUCCCGGAAGAUACCGGGAUCCGUGCAGCGCGUCUUUGGACAGCGACGACCUGCACACCACCGAGCUGGUGACCGAUCCUCGAACCAAGGCCUUGACCUUGGUAAAAACGUGCGAGCCGGUUGCCGAGAUGCGAGAGUGCAGAGCGUCGCGGGACUGGUCUCUACUGGCGCUACAGAACGUGCGUACGGGAAAGUCUCAUUAUCUCGUGAUAUGCCGAUGUCCCGAUACAAACAUACUCGAAGGACCUAUGAGUCACGAUCAACCGACAUAUGCUAGUGUCCCGGGUAUUCGAGUAUACGGGAUGAUGUGCGUGCAGGGGAACAGAAGAGGACGACCGCUGCGAUAUUCGCGCAGCCUCUCAAAUCACGUACAAGACGAAGAGAAACCACGUUUUCCUUGGCACAAGGUGCGACAGCUGAUGGCAACGUCGUCUCUAUGGGAGUAGCAAGCGCGACGCAACGAUCCGUCCCAUAUUCUGCCAUCGACGAAUUUACACGUUAAUUAUUAAUAACGCUAUAUUUAUAAUUCCUCGAGCCAUCUUUCGCUCGAAUUCCCUUUCUAAUUCCCUCUUAGUACUCUCACGCUCCCUUAAGUCUUGAACGGGCGCAAAAAAUAACGCAAGCAAUUCAUACUAAUUAUUUAUUAAUCCCAUUAUGUGUAUUUUGUAAUUUCUCGUUAAAUAUUUGUUAAUUAUAAUUACCUCUGCGCCUUUGUAGACAAAAUUUGAUGAUAA